GGGGCGGUGCUGCCUCCUGUCCUCCUCCCAGCUUCUGGCUCUCGCAAACGGGAAGGCUGGCUCGGGGCGUGCGCUCUUGUGAGCAGCUCCCAAAAAUACUCAGAGGGGCGGGGGGCAGAAGGGGUGAGACAGCUAGACAGGAAGACAGAUCCAGAUCGAUGAGACCGAGGUAAAGAACCACAAUUGAACUUCGCGGCAGCACAGUUUGUUUAUUUUUAUUCUUCUUCUCACCUUUAAGCCUCAUUGCGCGCACUGAUCCUCCUGCUCCCCAAACCAAGAAGAUGCCCAAAUCCUCACCGUGCGUAUUCCCAUGGUCCUCCCUGUUGCUGGCAUCUUUGGCUACUUUGGUCGUGCAGUCGGUGCUCUCUUCCUCGUACUCUUCUUCUUCCUCCUCUACAUAUCAGAGAACUGCAGCCGGUGGGAAGCGACCGGGCUUCAUGGAGAGGACGCUGGUUCUCCUGGAUGUCAACACCCGCAGUCCGAUCAGAGUCCUCAACGACAACUUCCUUUCUUUGCAGCUGGACCCGUCGAUCAUCAAAGACGGUUGGCUGGACUUUCUGAGCUCCAAGCGGCUCGUGACCCUAGCGCGCGGCCUGUCGCCUGCCUUUCUGCGUUUUGGCGGAAAGCGGACCGACUUCCUGCAGUUCAACAACCAGAAGAACCUCGCCAAGUUCAGAGGGCCGGGGCCAGACUACUAUCUGAAGAACUACGAAGACGAUAUAGUGCGCAGUGACAUUGCAUUGGACAAACAGAAGGGCUGCAAACUGGCCAACCAUCCUGACAUAAUGCUGGAGCUGCAGAGGGAGAAGGCUGCCACAACACAGCUCGUCCUGCUGAAAGAGCAACUGUCCAACAUCUACAGCAACAUUACAAUAACAGCCAGGUCUUUAGACAAACUGUACAACUUUGCCGACUGUGCUGGUCUGCACCUGAUCCUGGGGCUCAAUGCGCUGCACAGAAACCCAGACAACUCCUGGAACACCUCCUCCACCCUGAGCCUCCUCAAGUACGGCGCUGGCAAGAAGUACAACAUAUCUUGGGAGCUGGGCAACGAGCCUAAUGCCUACCGCAGCAUGGUGGGUCGUGCGGUCAACAGCACCCAGUUGGCUCAAGACUACACCAAGCUGCGGACCCUGCUACAGUCUGUGCGCUACUACCACCGAGCUCACCUCUACGGCCCCAAUGCAGGACGACCCAGGAAGAACGCCAUCCUGCUGCUAGAUGGGUUCAUGAAGAAUGCUGGCUCUGUUGUAGAUGCAGUUACGUGGCAACAUUAUUACAUGGAUGGCAGGGUGAACAAAGUGGAGGACUUCCUAAAAACUCGUCUGUUGGACACGCUGACAGAGCAGAUCACUAAAGUCACCAAGGUUGUGAACACACAUACUCCUGGUAAGAAGGUGUGGCUAGGUGGACUGGGACCGGCGUGGGCAGGAGGCAUCAGUAAUCUCUCUGACACAUACGCUGCCGGCUUUCUGUGGGUGAAUGCGCUGGGUAUGGCUGCUGUGCAGGGGAUUGAUGUUGUCUUGCGUCACUCAUUCUUUGACUACGGAUACACACACCUUGUGGACCAGAACUUUAACCCUUUACCUGACUUCUGGUUCUCUCUGGUCUUCAAGCGUCUGGUUGGUCCAAGGGUUUUAGCUGUGCGGGUUGCAGGACUGCAGAGGAAGCCGCAGCCAGGACGAGUCAUACGAGACAAACUACGUAUCUACGCCCACUGUACCAGCUACUACAAUCAUAACUAUGUGAGAGGAUCCAUAACAAUCUACAUCAUCAACCUGCAUCGGUCGCGAAAGAAAAUCAAGUUGGCGGGGACAUUACGGAACAAUACCGUCCAUCAGUACCUUCUGCAACCCUACGGCACAGACGGACUCAGAGCCAAAUAUGUCCAGCUGAAUGGGGAGAAGCUGUUAAUGGUGGACAAUGAGACAUUCCCAGAGUUGAAGCCUAAGACAUUGAGGGCUGGAAGAACAAUAGCCAUGCCACCCAUGACCAUAGGCUUUUAUGUCAUCAAAAACAUUAAUGCAUACGCCUGUCGAAGAUAACGCUGAAACCGCCAUCCCUGAGCUGUUGGAGUGAAGCUCAGACCUCUACAAACCCUCUGCCAGUUUGACCCAAAGCUUAACAAACUGUGGCUCUUCACUGGGAUGUCAGAAUACACUUUUUUAGGAUUUUUGUGUCUUGCUUAAGACACAAAACACUUCAGUAGAAUGGACACUUGGUUUGAAUACAGUGCAAUCCUCUGGUUUAACAUCAGCCUCUUCAACCUAUAUUUUAAUGGUGAUAUUUAAAUUACAAUUAAAACCUGGCCCUACCCUUAUUGUCUUCUCUAGUCCAACAAAGACUUGCCCAAGACACAUAAAAAGGGCUGCACUGAUCACUUUUCAAUUAUUUUCACCAGCAACUCCUCAUAUGCUAAAAGACUUUUAUGGACCGUGAUUGUCUUGUGGUUUUGUAUUACAUUAUACAAUAUCAUAAGAGUUCACAUUCUUUGACUUGAUUAAGCUAUAUGUUCUUCUCUUGGAUUGUAAAACCUACGAGUUUGUUAUUCGGUGUCUGCCAAGAGUUUUCCUUUUUUCUAAUCUUUCACUUACCAACUGAGAGAAAACCCUGAACAGGCAGUGUUUCUGAAGCAUACACAAGUCAUUUUCACUUUGACUUGAUCCUUUCCACAAAGAGAAAAUGCCGUGGUGUGUGUAAGGUCAUGCCUGGACUAGCCAAGUGUGUGUGUGUGUGUGUGUGUGUGUGUGUGUGUGUGUGUGUGUGUGUGUGCGCGCGCGUGCGUGCGUGUGCGUGCACGCGUGCGCAUGAGGGUGCACAUGUGAUAAAGCUACUGAUGUGUCUGUCCAGUCUGUUUUGCUUCUGAAAGUAUACGUUUCUUCCCUUGCCAUAUUAAGUGGCUUAAAGGGAAAAUCUGUUACCUUUAAAGGCUGUUUUUGUAUGUUGUGUGUAUCGUUGCUUUCCUGCUGCAGGUUUCAAUCAAUUUAGCUGCAGAAUACGAUAACCACGAUGUGUCUCUAGUGUUGUGUUGCAGUGAUGCAUAGCUGAAGAUCAAUGUGAACCCAUCCAUUACAUCUGUCCUCACAUGCAGCCUGCAUCCAUACAAAAUCUGAGGUUUGUUUUCUAUUCAGAAAUUCUAAAAUACAAUUUUUUUCAGGUGUAGUUUAACCUAUCCCACUAUCUUCAGUGUGAUCUCACGUUUUAUAAUCUUAUGCUGCUAGGGUUUUUUGUACUAAAUAUAUAUAUAUAUAUAUUUUACAUAAUUUUGUACAGAUUUACUGUCAUAUAUAAUUAGAUAAUGUAUUGUACAUAAACAAGAGUGAUGAAAAUAAGUGAUUUAAACUUGAUAUGUUUACUUACAUACAGUAUACAUCUAAUUUAUAUGAUUAAAUACUUUGCUUUAUCUUUAUAUUUCUUUUAUAAAAGACUGUUAUGUGAGUGGUACUAAUGCCACAACUCUAAAGAUAAAUCUAAAAUCAUUUGUACUGAAAAACAGGGUGACUGCUAAGAUGCAUAUAUGUCAUAGGUGCAGAAGAUGGUUUAUAGUUCAUAACCCAUGUUUCACAUUUGUUUAAUUUUUAAUUUUAUAAUAUUUUAACCAUCUUAUUUAAAGUUUGGCUUGUUAUUCCCUAGACUAAACCACAUGAAUAAGAACAUUGAUAACAUUUUUACACUCUUACAUGGUGGAAGACAAGCAGGAGCAGUUAAAUAUAAAUAUUUGUCCUCUGAAUGUGUUCAUAGUUAAUGUAGAGAUGUUCAUAUUUCUUUUGGAGAGCAUUAUUUUAAUAUGUAAAGUGUGCCUAUAUAUUAUUUUUUCCUAAAAAAAAAAGUUUACAUAAUAAACACCUACAAAUACCUAA